AUAACGCCAGUUUUCUUGCUCUCAUGUCAUGUAUCACCUGCUUACCAGUCUUCCGUCCUGUGCGGUGGAGGUGCCUGUUCAUCCCGUCGUCGGCUUUGUGUUUUAAACGCAUCCGCUCGUCCACGAAUUGAAGCCGAAAUCUCCUCACAUCAACAAACUCCAAGAAAGCCUGCGGGACCCAAUGAAUUUGUGUAACCAUCAUGGGCAGUUUAGAAAAAUAGGCUAGUUAUCUGCUGUGGGGAGGACAGAAGGUUAGUAACACCCCGGAGCGUCCCUUCUCUCUUCCCACCCGGGCAGUCCAGCAAGUUUCCAGCACCAUGGCCGAAGAAGAAUAUGGCAGCUUUGUGGACUGGAACCAGAUGGGCGAUCUGGCCAACAGCAGCGGGCCCACCAAGGUAGACUGUAAAGACCUGAAAGAGUUCAAACAGAUGGCUCGGCAGGGUUACUGGGCCAAAAACCACAAACUUCGGGCACAAGUCUACCAGCAGCUCAUCAAAGCCAUUCCCUGUCGUACAGUUACCCCAGAUGCAGAAGUGUAUCGUGACAUUAUGGGAAAUGCAGGCACAAAGAAGCCCUCCUCCCACAUCCCACUUCCAGAUUUUGUGGAUGGAAGUCCUGUGCCGCGGUACUGUCUAAAGGCAGAGGCAGUAGCCUCGGCACAUCAGAUUAUCAACUGUGUGGCUGGACAGUUUCCAGAUAUCUCCCACUGCCCAUCACUACCAGCUGUCACCUCAUUGCUCCUGCACUUAAGCAAAGAUGAAGCUCAGUGUUUCGAGCACAUCAGCCGCAUACUGGCCUGCAACGAGCCGGGGAAACGACUGCUGGACCAGACUUUCCUGGCAUAUGAGUCUAGCUGCAUGACCUUUGGUGACCUGGCCAUCAAGUACUGCGCAGCCGCCCACAAAUUGAUUGUGGCCACAGCCCAAGAUGUGCUUGAAGUCUACUCAGACUGGCAGCGCUGGGUGUUGGGUGACCUGCCUUUCAGCCACGUGGUCAGGGUCCUGGAUGUCUACCUAGUGGAGGGCUACAAGGUUCUCUACCGUGUAGCUAUAGCCUUGCUCAAGUUCUACCGCAAGAAUAAAGUCCAGGGAGGCCAGGCCAGCCAGCAGCAACAAGAUUCAGACAAAGUAAGGGCAGACAUUCAAGCUUUUGUCAAGGGCAUUGCCUCUACAGUCACGCCGGACAAGUUACUAGAGAAGGCCUUCUCCAUCCGCCUGUUUAGCCGCAAGGAGAUCACCCUGCUACAGCUCACAAAUGAGAAGUCCCUGCAGCAGAAAGGAAUCACUGUCAAACAGAAGCGUGCUAGGCGAAAUGUGCAGCUGGCUCUUAACCCCGACACCUUCUCCUCGGAGAUCGUCAGUGCCAAGGAGAUGCGAGACAUCUGGUCGUGGAUCCCUGAGCGUUUUGCUCUGUGCCAACCACAGCUCCUCUUCACCACCGCUAACCACGGUUGCAGCCUGAAUAGAUUCUACUCACAUUGUGAAGGCUACGAACCUACUCUGCUCCUCAUCCGGACCACAGAUGGCGACGUGUGUGGAGCCUUCCUGUCCACUGAUUGGGAGGAGCGGAAGAGGGGAGGAAACAAGCUAAGCUUCUUCGGUACAGGGGAGUGUUUUGUCUUCAGGCUGAAGCCAGAGAUGGAGCGCUAUGAGUGGGUGGUGAUCCGCCACCCUGAGUUAGCAUCCUCCAUCAAGACUCAGGCCCAGGAGGACACAGCUUCCUCUGAGGGCCAAGAUGCAGAGAACAACAGUUUACAGCAGCCAGAGAAGCCUGCUGGAGACCUGUCGCCCUUCCUGUCCGCCCGCCACUUCAACCUCAACUCCAAGAACACUUCCAUGUUCAUGGCUGGCAACUUUGACUCCAUCAUCAUUGGUGGUGGUGAAGGCAACGCUCUCUACAUUGACUCUGAGCUCAACCAUGGGCGCAGUGGCAGGUGCACCACCUUUGACAACCCGCCCCUGUGUGCUGAGACCUUCCAGGUUUCACUGCUAGAAACUUGGGGCUUCCAGGACGCCAUGGCCUCAUAAUAAUGUACACAUACAAACAUGUAGAUCCACACAGAGUGAUUCAUGUUAAUGCACACACAUAACACUUAAACGUGGGUGAGGCGCUACAGGUGAAAGCAUGUUUUUUCAUGCUUGGUUCGAUUUUGAGAUUUUGGGCCAUUAUGUUUUCUUAACAGGUCUUGUUUUAGACUGCUAAGAAGAUGUAUGCAGACUAGUGCAUAUUUGAUUCAAUAGCUUAAUUAGAUUAUCUGCACUUGCAUAUUCGAAAUAUCAGAAAACUUGCCCAGGUAGAAACAAAAUUCUCUUCAUGAUCACCAACUGGAGAAGUUUUAUGGUGAUUGAACGUAUAUAACAUUGCAUUUUUUUACCUGUUUCAUUCACCUGUAGUGUCUUCCCUUUAAGGUGCAAUAUGUAAGAAUUGGCCUGUUGAAUUCAAGAGAUAAUAUUUCGUUACACAUCCAUAACUGUAGCUACGGUUAGCUUGUUAGCUGAGUUAGCUGCAAAGCUAGCCGGAUUACCAGGGAAGUGUUGUUGUUUACACUGCUACCACAAGAGCUUUGGACCUGUGCAAAGUAUACCCAGAGUUAGAUAAUUAGCAUGCUAACUUCAGUAGAUGACCCGCAACACAAUACAUGACUUAAGAUUUAUUUCCUGACAGUCUGUUUAUAAUUGUACUUAAUGUUUGAAUGUUUUAAACUAAAGUUCUAACAUAUUGCACCUUUAAAGCAGAAACUCUUGAUAUAAAAUGUCCAGCAAAGUGUUCAAGGUGAAAAAACACAAAUAUGCAAACAGAACAACAUCCGUCCUGCAAAUUCAUAUAUGGUUAUAUAUGAUAUAUGAUUUUUUUAUUUAUUAAUGCAGUUAGUAUUUCAACAUGUGAACAAAUAUGUGGUAUUCUUGUGUUUCUGUUUAUUUUUGUAUUUACAGAUUAUAAUGGUGUACUAAUUAUGAAAAACUGUGUGACUGUUCAGGAUCAACUCUAGGUUAAGCCCAUUUAAGGUUCACUAAGAGGGGCUUUUAUGUCGGCUGUAAUUUGUUCAUGUUAAUGCUGAACUGAAACUUUUGAAUUUCUGAAUGUGAAGUCAUUCUUAAAUGUUCUGUGGUUUAGGUCAAUCUGCCAAAUUUACUGCACAGGCAGCUCUGCAGUCCUUAAAAAAAAAAAAAAAAAAAAGUUAUGCACCGCUGUGUUGAUAAAAGUGAGAUUACGAUUAAAUAUGUGAGAACGAGAGUUGGUUCGGUGAGACGUGUUUUUAAAUGUUUGAAAACUGUAAGAUUAAGAAGUAGCUUUGAGGCUGAGUAAGUUGUCCCAGUUUCACCAGAUUUUUGCCCCUGCUCCAUUUCCCCACACUGAUUUUUCUGUACAUAUGUCAGGAAAUCUGCUAAAUGAAUUAAUGCGGUAAAUGUUUGUGAAUGUCAGUGGUGAAUUUGAGUGUUGCCAUUUUGCACCAUAUGUGAAAGCUUUCCUUUGAAUGAGUGGCAGUUCCCCUUUGUAUAGUGUGAGUAUUCAUGUGAACAACAUUGCAAACUUUUUUUUUAAAGAAAAAAAACUCGAGACGUGUUUUUGGUUUACAAGUAAUUGAUAUAAAUGUAGUUUGUUCAUCUUUCAUUUCUUACCAGUUACUUCCGUCCUUUCCAGUGUGAAGAUAACAAAAGAAGUCCAAAUUUGUGCCCUGCUGGCAAAGUGUUGUUGGGGUUCUACUUGUAUCUGUAUGAUUGAACAUGCUCCAGUGAAAUUACAAAUGUAUCCUACAUGUGAAAAUACAGCAACAUGCUUUCAGUUU